AUGGAAUCGGAAAAUCUCCAUCACCAACACCAGCUUCAAAACCACCUUGUUUGGCCAUCUUCUUCUUCAUCUAUCUCACCCUGUCAUGGAGUUUCAAGCUCCCAUUCUUGGAUCCCAAAUAUUACUUUGAACUCAAGUGAGUUCAAUCCAACUUAUAAUGAGGAAAGCUUGCACUCAAGGCCAAAAAAUGACAUGCUAGCAUCUCCUCAAAACAGUUCCAUGAUCCGAGACUGGGCUAACAGUUCCUCAAGCUUUGGAGAGUCUCGUCAGCUGCCUCAAGCAAACUACUUGGAGAAUAAGGAGCAAAUCGAUUUGAAUGAUCUCAGCCAGAAACUAUUGUUCAAGACAAUAUCUUCUGGUUUCCCAAUGUUCUCUGCAGACUCGGAAUUUUACUCAAGUUCCCAGAAUUGUUCUAUCCCUAGGAAUAGUUCUUCACCAAGUAGAGGGAGUUUCAGCCAGAUUUAUCCUAGUAUAAAUAUUUCAAGUUUGAACCAUGUUUCUUCUCCCCGAAAUAUCCCAAGCUCCUUUGACAUGAAUUUGGAGGCCUUGGAUUUCUUAAAUCCUGCGAGAUUUAGAAGAAGCAGUAGAUUUUGUUAUCCAUCAGAUCCAUCAGAAGAUCAUCAUGAUAGUCUUGGUAUAUACAAAGAGAUGAGCCAUUCUUUUGGUCUCCAUCACCACCAUAAUUUGCAGCAGUCAAAUCGAAGGCCAGCAGCUUAUUCCCCUAGUCAAAUGUCACCCUUCCCCGCUGAAAUAACAAAGGAAAAGAGAUCCGGCAUUUCAUCGGAAGCACAGGCAGCAGCAGCAGCCAAGAAGUAUCGUUUGGAGUCACGCACCUCCUGCCCUCCAUUUAAGGUUAGUAAAGAGAAACUAAGGGACAGAAUUGCAGCUCUACAACAAUUGGUUUCUCCCUUUGGCAAGACGGAUACAGCAUCCGUACUAAUGGAGGCUAUUGGAUACAUCAAAUUCCUUCAAAAUCAAGUUGAGACAUUAAGCGUUCCGUAUAUGAAGUCAUCUCGUAAUAAAACGUCCAGAUCCAAACAAGGGGGUUCAACCAUGGAGGAUGAAGAUGAAGAUGAAGAAGUACAGUGGGAUCUCAAAAGUCGAGGUCUAUGUCUAGUGCCGUUGUCGUGCAUGUCUUACGUGACUAGCGACAGCGGUGGCGGUAUUUGGCAGCUGCCGCCGCAUACUUUCACCGGUUGAUCUCGAGAACGACUGCCGUUGGUUAGUUUGGAAGCGAGAAGAGAUAUUAAAGAUCUUAGGACAUACAUAUUAG